ACGUUUCAAGUCUAUAUCGAAUUCAAAUUUCUUCGAGUUACAAACAAAAUGAAACUUCUCGUCGUUUUCGCUUGCUCCCUCCUGAUGGUGGCCACUUCAACAUCUUUUGAACUAGGACAUGCGUGCGGACCUAACGAAUAUUUCAUUGAAUGCGGAAGCGGAUGUGCACCUCCCCUCAUUAUUUGUGGCAAAAUUAUCGAACCAUACACUCCGCCCAAAUAUUGUCCUACAGUUUGCAGACGAACUUGUGUUUGCAAAAAUGGUUAUUUGAGAAACUCCAAGGGCGAAUGUGUUUUACCCGAAGUUUGCGAAUAAUUCUAACGAAUAAAUCCGAACUAUUAUGAUUAUACCUUGAAAAACAAUAUUUCUACGUAUA